AUGGCCAGCAAGGAGGAGCACAACGACGACGAGAUCCGCGAGCAGGACCGCUUCCUGCCGACGGCCAACAUCUCGCGGAUCAUGAAGGUGUCGCUGCCGUCCACGGCCAAGAUCGCCAAGGACGGCAAGGAGACGGUGCAGGAGUGUGUGAGCGAGUUCAUCUCGUUCAUCACGAGCGAGGCCAGCGACAAGUGCCAGCAGGAGAAGCGCAAGACCAUCAACGGCGACGACAUCAUCUGGGCCAUGAGCACGCUGGGCUUCGACAGCUACGUGGAGCCGCUCAAGCUCUACCUGCAGAAGUACCGCGAGUCGGUCAAGGUGGAGAAGAACGACAAGAAGGACAACGUCGGCUCCUUCGGGGCGUCCUCUUAG